AUGGUCGGGUGGUGUGCGUGUUUUAUCGAGCGUGAGGACAAAUAUGGUGCGCACAAUUACGCGCCUAUUCCGGUUGUGCUGGAACGCGGCGAGGGAGUCUUCCUUUGGGACAUCGAUGGCAAACGCUAUUACGAUUUCCUUUCGGCGUACUCGGCUGUAAACCAGGGACACUGUCAUCCCAAGAUCGUAUCCGCCUUGGCGGAGCAAGCUCGUAAGCUCACCCUCACCUCCCGAGCCUUCUUCAACGAUGUCCUUGGAGAGUACGAGGAGUACAUCACCCGGCUGUUCGGGUACGACAAAGUGUUGCCCAUGAACACUGGCGUGGAGGGCGGAGAGACGGCGGUCAAACUGGCCAGGCGGUGGGGGUACGAUGUGAAGGGAGUUCCCGCCAACAGCGCCAAGGUGCUCUUCGCCCGGGGCAACUUCUGGGGCCGUCCGUUUAUGCCGGGGUUUGAGGUCAUCCCGUACAACGACCUGAAGGCCUUACAGGAUAAGUUGGAGUCCGACCCCAACGUGGUAGCCUUCAUGGUGGAGCCCAUCCAGGGGGAGGCGGGUGUGGUGGUGCCGGACGAGGGCUACUUGUCUUCGGCGCACAGGCUGCUCCGGAAACACAACGCGCUGCUCAUUGCAGAUGAGGUCCAGACGGGGUUGUGCCGUACAGGCCGUAUGUUGUGUUGUGAUUGGGAGGAUGUACGACCGGAUAUUCUCGUACUUGGCAAGGCCCUCAGCGGCGGCACCUACCCGGUAGCAGCCACGUUGGCGCGGGACGAGAUCAUGCUGACCAUUGGCCGGGGGCAGCACGGCAGCACGUACGGCGGUAACCCUCUUGCCGCCCGCGUGGCCAUGGCGGCGUUGCAGGUGCUCCAGGAUGAGAACCUGGCGGAGAACAGCGACCGGCUGGGUCAGGUAUUGAGAACGAGGCUGGCAGCGAUACCGUCAAAGCUGGUCAAGACGGUCCGCGGUAAGGGCCUCCUGGACGCGCUGGUGAUUGACGAAUCCCACGGCGUUUCGGCGUACGACGUGUGUAUGCGGCUCCGGGACCACGGCUUGUUGGCGAAACCCACACAGAAGAACAUCAUUCGUUUCGCCCCGCCGCUGGUGAUGUCGGAGGCGCAGUUGCGGGAGUGUUGCGACAUCAUUGAACAGACCAUCACCUCGUAUGGGGUGUGA